AUGGCUGACAAUGAGUGCAAUUUGAAUCUGUCCAAUAAAAUUUGGAUUUUUGAGUUCCACCACUAUUCGUACGUUCGACGUUCACAACGUAAAGCUGGGCAAGCACCACGUCGUGAUGAUCCGUUCGAUCCGAAAGGUUCAAAUUCAAACGAUGGAUCUACAGAUGAUGCAUCCACAUCGUACUUAACAGCCAAAAAAAUCAAAUCAGAAGAAACAGGGAGGACUCGCGAAGGAGACGAAUAUCAGGCCACUGUGGUACCCACUGAGGAAUGGAUGGAGCCUCCAGAAAGCUACAGGUGCCGAAUUAUUCAGUCGGAUUCUAGAAAUCUAAGAAAUUCGUUUUCCCGAAAUAAAGUUUUAUCGAAGUUGAAAAAUGUUACUGGAUUGAUUCAUGCGCAGCAUACUUACUUUUGCAUUUUGACGAAGACAUUAUUCAAAAAGCCAUUAUAG